AUGCGUUGGGGCUGCCACCCGAUCGAGUGGCAGUGGUGGAGGCGAGGCGCACGCAGGGAUCGCUGCAGGUUGCGCACCUCGGAGGUGGGGAUGAACCUCGACCCGCUCGCGGGCGUGGGGAGGGUGCACUACGACGACGACGACGGCAGCGAGACGGUCACGUCGGUCAGCCCGGACGCAGCCUCCCUCGAGCAGGCGGGCGACGAAGAUCGGUAUGACGAGCGCACCGAGGACGGCUCGACGGUAGCGCCGCCUGCGAGCGGCUGGACGACCUUUAUGAGGUACACGUUUGUCUUCGCCGUGACUGCGGGGCUGUAUGCCCACUACACUCACGCCAUCGGCCUCGUCGCCUUUUGCAACGGCGAGUGCAGCGGCCCGGCGGAGCGUGGCUCCUACCAGGGCCUACGGGCCCACGUCGGGGGGAGGGCGCACCCCCAGGCGGGCAAGGACUUUGUGUUGUGAGAGGCGAUCGGAAGCGGGCGAGGAACGAGGGCUUCACUUUCAGCCUUCAGCCUUCACCUUGUGUCUGGUCUCGUCAGCAUGUCUCGGCUCUCGCUGCUUCUCCCUGACCUCUGUGUGCUGUGACUGUGAGAGCAAAAUGAGCAAAAUCGACAAUGAUAGAGUU